CUGUGACAAUACUACUAUAGAGAGUGCUGGGUAGUCCAUUCAAGGGACCUGUUCAACUCUCCAAGGAGACUAUUGCGUUGAUUUUCACCGCCAUACCCAGUUGGUCGCCCACAGAGACGACCUCUGCGCACCCCCUCCUAGCAGCACAUCAGCAAUAUAUAUAUAUAUAUAUACAAUUUCUCACUUGAUAUGGCUCUCACCCAGCCCGUUUCCCCCCCUGCGCGGCAGCCAUUUGGAGUCAUUGACCCCUCACGGCUGCGCUUUCUGCAGAGCGCGAAAAACCAACAGAAUGGAAUUCCAACCCCUUAUCUCAAACGCCGUCUAGACACAUCUGACCUGUCCGACACGGAAAACGUAGAUCCGUCUGCUUUCAACACUCCAAGUGCGAAAAGGGCCAGAGGCACUGGUGAUGAGGACGUCUCCAAAACCGCUCCAGGCACUGCGACCAAGUUCGCCUUCGUCGCUCCCCCGAAACCCAGCCUCGCGAAGAACCAGAGGCAUCUCCAAACACCCCUCUCUCAAAUCAACAGGGCUUCUUCCCUUCCCAACUCAGCCCCGCUCCGUGCCCCAGCAGGGCGCUCUCCGAAAUCCAAACCCGCCAAGGCCUUCUCCCGCCGCAGCAUCGGCUCAUACACCCGCAUUGAUCCCCCUUCAUUUACCAAAACUCGUGUCGCGUCACGGGCUCCCUUUUCCAUCGCUGAUGCCCUCCAUGGAACCCUCAAUUCGUUCAAUACCAGGGUUAUCAGCACGCACAGCACCAAACCGCAGACGCGGACGUUGCAGAGUGCUAAACCCUCACCCCUGGAUACUAAUGUCAAUAUCAAUAUUAUCAACAGCAACAGUAGUCGCAUCAACCGCAAUCACCCCAAAGUCUGGGACUUUGAGAUCUACACUGAUACUGAGCAGGAUGAGAUGGCAAAUCUCAUGGAGCACUCAACAUGCGUGCUGGAUAUUAGUGACGAUGAGGAUAAACCGCGAAAUGCAGAUGAUCGCGGGAAGGAGAAUAUUCCGCCUCCGCCCUUGGACUUUGCGGGGGAGCAGGAUGCUGCUGUUGAUGACGCAGGGGUAAUAGUCGCUCCUUCUGCUGCUGCGGUUGCUGCUGCUGCUUCUCUUUCUGGCGCCGCAGAUGGUAUGGUGGGGCGAAAUGUGGAAAUGACGGAUGAACCGCGUCCGCGCUCGGCGCUGGGCGAGCUGGAUGUUACGCGGUUCGUGGCUGUGUCUGAGGAAACGGAUGAGGAAGAGCAGGACGGAAAUGAGGAUGCAUGUGUACUCAACACCAUCGACCCAGCAGCGAUCCCCCUCCCACCACCAACCAGCCAGGAAGAAAAUUGUCAAUUUCAAGACGAGAAACUCUCAGAGUCAGAUCCAGACUCGCAAUCUCAACGCCUUCCCCCAUCAACUCAUAACUCCUCCCCCUACAGCCCCUACCCUCAUCACCAUCAUCACCAACAACCUCAACCAAAACCCAGCCAUCCCAUUCUAGCUAGCCACGCCGCCAUCUCCGCAUUGAUAUCCAGUACGGCCCCACAAAUGCCUUCCACUAGCACUGCCAAAAACCCCACUCCUACCUGUUCUCUUGAAUCGUCGUCGUUACCCACCAACAACGAGAUAGAGAUAGAGAUUUGGGAGAGCGGGAGUGCGGCAGAUGAAGCUGAGGCGGAAGCUAGAGGAGAUGGAGUGAUGGAGUGAUGGAGUGAUUUGGGGAGUUACUUGCUUUCCUUUUUCUAAAAAGGUUUAUUUUCAUAGCAGGGAGAGUGAGUAAAUGUUUGUCGUAUACAUACAUAAUCUCCCUUUAUCAGGUUUGCGUGAAUAUUUAUGUUCAAUUUUUUGUGUCUAUCCCUGUGUGCUCCAUUGUUUCUUUAAUUGUUUAUUUUUUCGUUUGAGGAGUUACUUUUUGGAUUUUGGAUUUGGAUU